AUGGCUGAAGGUCUUCGAAGAAGAAAAGAUUCGCUUUCGGACGAAUUCGAUUCGGAAAUUGAUGAUAACGAUGUGAAGGCGAUAGUGCACGACAUUGAACAGGACAUGAUUUCUGACGAAAAGCCGGACACUCGUUGGAGUCGUGUCAAGUCGACAGUCAAGGAGUGGGGAGAGUCGGCGACAUUCCACGGAAUUCCGCACAUCGUGCAGGCAACCACGUUCAUCGCUGUCGUCGUCUGGUCGAUCAUCUUGAUCAUCUGCGCCUUCGUGUUCGUCUACAUGUUCUCGACGACGGUUCGACAAUAUCUGAAGUUCAACUACGUCGUGAAUCUGAAUGCCGCCAUCGAGUCGGCGCCAUUCCCAUCGAUCACGUUCUGCAAUACGAAUCCAUACAAAUUGAGCAAAAUGAGCGAUGUGCCCGAAUUGGCCGCGUUGCUCUCGGUGUAUCAGUCAUCCGGAACUGGCAACUUGAACGGAUAA